AUGACGACCGGCCGAGCAGACACCAACCCAGACAACUUCCCCGAGAUCCAGACGGGCGGGAGUCUGAUGAUCGCAUGGCAGAUCAAGGGCAAACGAGUACUGCUGGUGGGCGGUGGUGAGGUCGCCGCCACACGCCUAGUCCACCUCCUCUCAGCCGACGCCCUCAUCACCCUCAUCGCUCCCUCCCCCUUACACCCCGAAGUCUCCCACCGCCUCACCCAGUUUCCCUCCUCAAUAACCUGGAUCCCCCGCACCUUCCAGCCCACCGACCUGACCUCCCCCUCCAACCCCAAUGGCGAGCAAUACUCCCUCGUCCUAACCGCCAUCGACGACCCUGUCGCCUCCUCAUCCAUUUACAAGCUCGCCCACGAGCUCAAAAUCCCCGCAAACAUCGCCGACGUGCCCUCGGAAUGUGACUUCUAUUUCGGCCAAGGCUUACCUAAAAAUGCGGGGAGGGCGAUUGAGAAGAUGGGUGAGCUUAGGAAGGAGUUACGAAAAGUGGCGCCUGACCAAAAGGAGGGGAAGAGGAGGAUGGAGUGGAUUAAGACUGUUAGUGACGCUUAUGGGUGGGAAGAGAUGGGGGAGAUGACGGGGGAGGAUAUGAGGAAUUUGUUGGGGUGGUAUAGGAGGAAUGAGGAAGGGGAGGGGGGGUUGGUGGUUCCGACGUUGGAGGAGUUGAGGGGUAUGCGGAAGGAGAAUCAGCAGAAGGGAGAGGAGCAGGAUAAAAUGGAUGUGGUGGAUGAGCUUGAUGAGGUGCAGAAGAAGGUGGAGGGGUUGAAUGUUGAUGGCAAGGAAUAG